CCGACGCAUCUCGCCGUUCUUCGGCUCAUCUGCGACGGCCGUCGUCGCACCGUACCAUCACCGGACAUGCCGUCUCCGCCGCGGCCGCUCGCGUCGCUAUGCCGCGCCCGUCUCGUGCUCUUCCUCGUCCCGGCGCUCCUGCUGCUGCUCCCCUCCACGGCGCGCAGGCGACAGCCCCGUGCAGCGCGGGGGACGAAUCGGCGAGGGCGCUUAGCGUCGGCGAGGAGCUCGUGGCCGAGACCAUGCCGCUGCGCCACGGCCGCCGGGUCUACAGGAUCCACGGGCUGCGCCCGUCCGCGUGGUACGAAGUCAAGAUCUCCUACCCGGCCUCCAUACCGUCGAGCUUUUCCAUUCGGCUUGUGGACGACUGGGGCAGCAAGAACAGGAGGCUGCUCAACACGGAGAAGAUAAUUUUCAAGGCUGAGAGCAGCAGCCCGGUUUAUGUUCUUGUCACUGUGGAACCUGAGGGCGUGGUGGCGAAGCCAAACGUGCCAGAGAGGGAGCUUGCGCUUUUUAACAUUGUUUGCGAUGAGCUUAUGCUCGGGAUUCCACACUUUGCCUGGUGGGCUGGGAUUGCAGCGCUGCUCUGCAUCGUGCUGGCGGCACUGGCACCACUCGUUCUCCCGCUGCACAAGCUUCUGAGCUGCGAAGGCACGGAGCUGAGCGAAAGUGAUGCCGCUAAGAUGUCAUGACUCGCGAGAGAUGAUGCAAUGCAGGCAACUGUAGCGAUCUUCUCCAUUCCUGACGUUUCAAGCUUGGUUGUUGUACCAUUGGAGUUCGGUGCUGUACGCGUGUCCACGUCAGUCCUGUAUCGACGGAGUCACGGAGCGCAAGUGCUGGACCCUCAGUCUCUGUUGGUAUAUAUAUUUUUGAUACGGAACGGUCGGGAGAGAGGCCUAGUUUGUUUUAGGUUCCACAUGUUUCAGGUGCCGUGAUAAUAAUAAUAGGCAAGGCAAGGCACCGUCAGUUGCACGUGCGACCGAGCUGUAAAAUUUGUCUC